GGGGAUAAUUAAAAGGCACGGAUGGUUCGCACGCCAUUCCUAUGAACGUAUAUGGCAUCGUUGGUCAUAAAAUCCUGAACCAUUUAUGUAUAUCUCGUGGUUUCCAACAAACAAUCAGUCAAACCCUGGAUGAAACCAUAUCUGGUUUCUACUUAAUUGUUGAUCUCAAGGCAACCUCGAGCGACGUUUGCCAUGAUCUGACCCAACAACUAGUUGGAAAUGUCCUCCCAGCUUCUACAGGCAGAGCUCUUGAACCUCAUUCAAGAGUCCAAGAGAAAGAAUUCUGAUUUGCGACAUGCGGCUGAAGAGUCUCUCAAUGAACUCAAAGCAUUGCCCUCGACUUCAGAGGCUCAAAUUGCUGCGGAUCUGGUGCGCAAACCUAAGUUUGUCGAUCCAUUCAUCUUAGCCUGCCAUACUCGCCAUACGAAACUCGCAGGAAUUGGGGUUGUUUGUCUACAAAGGCUGGUGGCAUCCCGGGCGCUGCCGUCCGGGAGAUUGAAAGAUGUUCUCGGUGGGCUAAAGGAAACAACGAAUCUAAGUCUGGAAAUCCAGCUCAAAAUUCUCCAAUCUCUACCUUCUCUGUUACAGCAUUACUCGAAUGACCUAGGCGGAGAGCUUCUUGUAACCACAUUAGAGAUAUGUGCCACGCUACAAGCAAGCAAGACUCUUGCGCUUUCUAGUACGGCAGCGGCUACGUUACAACAGCUAGUAGUAUCGACCUUUGAGCGAGUUUCGAUUGAAGACAAAAAUCCUCAGGAGUCUGGGCCAAAGGUAACCGUCAAAGUUGAUGGUAGCUCCGUAGAUAUCGGAUAUUUUGCGUACGAUGCUUUACGAGUCUUAGACGAUCUUUGUCGUCUUGCAGAUGGCGAGCAGUUACAGUUUCUACGAAUCAAGUCGCUAUCUCCAACAUUCACUCUAGAGCUUAUUGAAAGCGUUCUGAUCAACACUGGCCGCCUCUUUGUUGGCCAUGCGGAGCUCACGCACGUACUGAGAACCCGGCUUAUGCCGAUGACUGUGAGAUAUCUGUCUGAAAGGCACUCCUUCGCUCAAACUGUGCGCGUCGCUCGGAUUCUCCUCGUCCUCCUAAAGCGUCACAUGUCUCUCCUUCCUGCAGAAUGCGAGAUGGCUCUUGGUUUACUAACACAUCUCCUUGAACCCGAUGGAAACUUGCCAUGGAAGCGAGUCCUUUGCAUGGAGGUGUUUCGAGGACUGUAUACCGAGCCGGGGCAAGUACGGCUUAUCUACUCGCUCUACGAUGGCGAUGAGAGGAGGAAAAAUAUUCUCAAAGAGCAUAUGGCUGCUCUCGUUCGUCUAUCGUCUGAGAAACCUUCGUUGAUUGGCCUUAGCAGUCGUUCAACAGUGCCUUCGAAGGCUGAGCACUCGAGAUCCAUUACUGAGGAACAGAUUACUCUCGAAGCAGGUGGUGUCGCGGGUGUAAUUGGAACCUCUGUCUCAUCCCCGGAUACUAGUGUUCCGGGCAUCAGCAACCAGUGGAGUACUGUCCGCACACUCUACAUGGAGCUACUUGACAAGACCGAUCCCCCACCGCCUCCAGAGACUUAUAUAUAUAGCCUUGUGCUUAAUUGUAUUUCGUCUUUCGCUGAAGGCCUUGCCAAAUUCAUCCUUCCGUUAACGGUGCCCGAUCUAAAACAAAAACGGAGAAGUCGGAUUGCACACCCAGACCAAGGUGUGGACUCUGCUAGACCUUCCCAUGAUCUUCAGAGGACGGACUCAAGAAGUACUCAGAAGCAAGAUGCUAAGAGAUCACCCGUACCGCUUAAUCCCCUGGAUUUGGAAUCUCAUUCCCAGUUUGGGGCAAUCAAGACUUGUGCUGGAAUCAUCGAGAAUUGCUGGCCUGCUGUCCUUGCGGCAUGCUCCACCUUCCUAUACGCAUCACUAGAUGACGAUUUCUACCACAACCUCGUUCGAUCAUUUCAGAAACUGACCCACGUUGCUGGUCUUCUUAGGCUAUCUACCCCUAGGGAUGCCCUCUUGACAACGCUCGGAAAGGCGGCCAUGCCAGUUGAUGGAGGUGGUGUCAAAUCCAUGGCUCAUCCGGCGGUCGCGUCUGCUUCCCACCAUGGCCAUACCGCAGAGGAGAGAAGAAAAAGCAGAGAGGUGGCUCUCGGUGCUCCGGUAUCCGAGACACCUUCAGAUGUUCCCUCCGUCUCUAUCAACACAAGAAAUCUCUUAUGUUUGCGUGCGCUCCUAAACCUGGGGAUUGCCCUUGGUCCUACUCUAGACCAGCCGGCCUGGUCUAUUAUUCUAGGUACGCUGCAGGAUACAGGCUUGUUAAUAAACACGUACUCAACUGGAGCCGAAGCUCCAUCAGCGCUUGAUGGCUCUAGGGUUAGCCUUGGGGGUGAGAUCAUUGCUGUCCAAACAGCCUCUGCUAAGAUGUUUGAGAGCACAAGUGACUAUCCGAGUGAUUCAUUCCGGGAGUUUCUAGCCGCACUCUUAGAUCUUUCCGAAGCAACUGAGAUGCCCCCAUCAGUAGAGUCAUCUGAAAAAACAGCAGGCCACAUACAUUCAGCACAGGCCCGACCUGGCUUUGUGCGCAGGAGUACUCGCCGUGUCUCGCUCGUCGUGGGCAAGUUCAAGACACAAGAUGAAGAGCUAAAAUUUGUCUUGGACAAAGCGAGCGAGCUAUCAAGAGCGAAUUUGGAACGGUUGUCAUCAUUAGUUGAGAGCGACCAUGAAGCUUGGCAGCUACUGACGCAAAGGCUUAUGUCAACUGCGGCAGACGCAUCAAUUAGCCAAAACCUCCGGUUACGAGCUAACGAAGUACUGAACACGCUUGUAUUUCAAACUAUGAAGCAGAUGGGAACUGACGAUGACCAAGCGCGGAAUUCUCGGCAAAUGAGGAAUCUAGGAACUCUGAGGAUGCAGAUUCAAUUGCUUUACGAUUCAAGUGCUUGCUCAGCGGGGUCACCAUCUGCGCCUGUUACUGAGAUCCAUGAGCAAAGCCUGGAAACCGUGAAAAAUAUCUUAGAGCAAUAUGCAGAAGGCUUCACAGGUGGAUGGGCUGUUGUUUUUGACCUUAUUUCUAGCGUGUUUGGACACUGUCCAGCUGAAGAAAAGAGAGGAAUUAAGACCGCUACUAAUAGCCACAAGACGGCUUUGGUAGCAGAUUCGCAUCGCCUUAUUCGAAUUGCCUAUAAGUCCCUACAGCUUAUUGCAUCUGAUUUCAUCGCGCUACUCCCACAGUCCUGUCGUUUGAGCCUUGUGGAUUCGUUUUCCAAGUUUGCUCUACAGCAACAGGAUUUCAAUAUCUCGUUGACCACGACGUCAUCGUUUUGGAACGUAUCAGACUUUCUUCAGGGACAAAUCGAAAACUUUUCUAUCGAGUCCCACGUUGAUGUCUCGGUGAGCGAAGAAACUCUCGUGGCACUAGCUAAUGGCGAUGACUCUUCCAUAUCCCGGAAUGCCUUGUGGCUGCUACUUUUGUUGCGGAUCGUAGACCUUACAACAGACAACAGGGCCGAAAUUCGAAACUGUGCAGUUCACACACUCCUAAGGAUUUUCGAUGCUUAUGGCCAACAACUGUCUCCUAAGGCAUGGCGUUUAUGUCUCAAUUGCGUGUUGUUUCGGAUGAUGGAGGAGAUCGAACUGAAGUUGGUAGAAGUGUGCGGUCCGGUCACCAAAACAGUCUCCGAUGAAUUCAAGUCUUGGGUGGAAACAUCUGUUGUUACCAUCAAAGGGUUGUCAGACCUGAUCACGAACUUUUUUGAACCUAUCAUUCGGGACGCGGAGUUUGACCAGUCUUGGGAACGACUCUUGGCCUACUUCCAGAAGUUAACCACCUUGCGGAUACUAGAACUCAGUGAAGCAGUGUACUUGAGUUUGUCUAAUGUCCUCGUCCGUGUGCAGGGUCCAGAUAAGUUCAGCAAAUCGUCCCUACAGUCUACAUGGGCACUAUGGCUAGACGGCCACCCAGCCGAUAGGGAAGACUUGCUGGACUUGGACCGCUCGAAUCAAGACGCUGCAAUAGCAUAUCUAAAAGCCUUCCAGCAAGUGUAUCGCUUAUAUAAAGAUGAUCUGAGAAGCCGUGAUGUUGAAAAGAUCCUCUACAGUAUGCGAUUACUUGUGUGGCAUUCUAUUUCACCGCGAUAUUCUACAGACAUUGACCGCCCAUCUAAACUGCAAUCAAUGGUUAUAGAUUGUAUGAGAACGAUAUGUGCCGACAAGGAAGAUUCUCAAACAGAAAUUCUUGCAUGUAUUGCGGAUUUUGCUGAUUCUGCAUUGACGAAAUGGUCACCAGGGAGCGAUCCGAGAAAACCAACCUACGUUGCCUUUUCAAAAGGCACAGUAGACCUCUUGAGCUGGUAUAUCACUGAUUUUGGUAUCAAAAGAGAGAUAUUUGGCAACGGCUCUCUGGCAGCUGUUCUCGAGCACCUGGCCAACCCUAUCGUGCAGAGAUAUGAAUGGCCUGGAAAGGACCGCGAGCCCAACCUAUGGCAAAUAUCAGCAACUACGUCGCUAAACAUUCUUCAAGUAGCCCUUCCUUAUGUUUUGAAUGAGUGCGAAAAGUCAACCCAGGCAGAGAUCUCCCGUUUCUGGAAGUGCGUUGUGGACAUCGCAAAUGGCUUGGUCUCAGCUCGUGGUUAUCGAACCGUUCCUAUCCCUAGAGAGACGAUAUAUGCAGACGAGUCUUUCGAUAUUGCCUCCUUCAGCCGACUGAAAACCCUCAUCAUCCCGGCUCUCGGGGCAUCUGCCAUCUCAGACAUCAUCCGACAGGAUUUCGCGCGUGCACUAUUGGGCUCCUCCUUCGUAUACAUGCCUCAACGAUUUGAUCUUCCUGUUAAAUCCCUGAAAGAUAAUCCUCUUGAAGGGCUAUAUAACAUCCGCCCCGGGAAAACAUUUGACACGCCACCGACAUCACGAAUCAGAAUGGCAUACGCUGUAACCGACACCUUGUUCGAAUUGGCGUCGUCGCCUUCAGCUGAGGAUUCAAAACAGGCUUCAUCGCGCAUCGCACUCGCUCGUUCCAUCUCCCCAUAUCUUAUCCUCCGGUGUGCCGUGUCCUUGAAAGGCUAUAUUGCCGACCAACCCCUCCGCGGACUCAUGCCUCAACCCACCCUUGCGCGAAAGGUGCUCUUGCAUCUCCUCACGGGCAUGGUGCAUCUACAGAGCGAACCAUCCGCCGUUCCUCCCCCACCGAUGGCUAUGAGUGGGUCAGUCUUGCCGACAGAACAAUCCGCGUCUAGUGAGCAGAACCAUAAAAAGCAUCUCGAGUGGAUUUAUCCUCUCGUUGUACGGGCUGUGCAAGUAGCAGGGAGAGAAAAAGAUGAUGGAGAAUUACUCCAAGCUCUUGGGAAGGUGUUACAUGAGGUCGGAGGCUUUUAAUGACUAAUAUAUAGACCCUGGCGCAGAAUCACGGUAGUUAUUGCAAAUUCUAGAGUCUGAAUUUCAGGAUGGUAACAUUCAAUGUCUACUUUCGUUCCUACAGUGAAGGCAUUGUCC